UUUGAGAUUUUAUAGUAGUGCAGUAGGACAAUCAACAUUUUGAAACAUUGUUUUAUAAUAAACAAUGUUGAUUUUUUUGAAAUGUAAUAACUGUAUCAGCAACUGUAAUAUGAAAGGGCAUGGCCUGCAUUUAAUACUGUACAGUAGUUUGAAAAACAGAUCUAAAAAUAAUUUUUCAAUGAAGGUUAAUUCCUCUUUAAACAGUUGUUCUUCAAUACUGCAUUUCAUAUAUAUUUUUUAAAUUUAAGUAUUAAAGAAAAAACUUAAAUGAUACUGAUGAAGCAUUAUUUGAUGAAAUUUUGAAUUGGCUCCUUAAGGUGGUGGUACUUCUUGCCAUUGUUUGACUAAACUAUAUCUUGGUCGUUUAACAUAUUUGUAGGCUUUUAAUUCUGCCAAUUUUUUUGCCUCGCUUAAUUUUGCUCUUUGUUUGUUUAUCCACUUUUUUCUAUAUUUUUCUCUCUCUUGGACUGUUAAUUUAUCAUACUCUUUGGUAUAUAUAAAUAAUCUACCACUAUCUGUAAAUGUAAUUUUAUUACUUUCAAUAUAUUCUUUUCUCUUUAAUGAAGCAUAGAAAACAGCAAUAUUUUUUGCACAUUUUAAAACUAACUUUUUUUCAGUUUGGUGGCUAGAUUUUCUUCUUUCUUUAAUUCGUGAUACCAUCAAAAAUUUUUUUUUCAUGUUGAUCUGAUGUAAAGUUGGUAAUCAAGAAAUCUUUUGUUUGAUUUGAUUAACACACUCGGGCAUAUGCAAGGAAUACAACUCCAGGCUGUUAUUAUCUAUAGACUUACAUACAAAGUCAUACUCUACAAUGUAACAGUGUUUGCGUAGACCCUGCUUUAUUACAUGUGGUAUCUUACUGUUAUUAGUAUGUUAUAAUUAUAAUAUAACAAAUAUGCGUAUUGACUUAAAAGUAAUACAAAAACUGUGUGGACUAGGCCAGGCAUAACAUAAACAAGCAUAAGUCUAAGUUUUAAACUUAAAAUUCUCUCUUAUGAUUGGUAUGAUUAGCCUACUUAUUUGUAAAGUGAGGAUAGUAUAUAUUUGAAUAUUAAUAAGACAAGCAAAACACAUGUGUAAUAAGGUUCUGAUUUUCUGGAUGUGAAAUACAUCGCGGCCUAACUGGUUCACAGCCGAAGCGAAUGGCAUUUUUCUAGACUACCUCAGGCCUACAGUGGGUGGGGCACAGGUGCAAAAUGUUAUGCCUGGCUUUCUGGCGGGCUGGAAAAGGCACUCUCAGAGUUAAAUUUUAAUGUACUUUUAUUUCCUCACUAAUUUGUGCUAAUUCAAAAAUUUGGGAGGCCUGGGCUGGCUAACUCGUAAAAUGCUUUUGAAACACAUCAACAGGUUUCUAUCAAUGUGCCUUGAGUUUGCUACUGCUACAAAUUUUACGCCGAGUUUGCUAUCUUGACUAGACUUCAAGUUUGACAUCUUGACUAAUAUUUUUCUCUUGAGUCUGUUACAUGGCAUAUCCAACUAAGCCUCUGGAAUACACUUCAAAAACAUUGAUACCGAGGACAUUUCAACACCAGCACCACUUCCCUGUAGCUGAUUGGACAGAUGAUAGUGACCAGAUGAUUCUAAUUAUGCAAUCAUUAACAGAAAACAAAGGACAGAUUGUGGUGACAGAUUUUGCAGCCAGGAUGCUGACCUGGGCUAAAGAAGGCUUUAAGGAGUUAGGCGAUAUUUGUGGAUCGGGUAUAGGUAAAACUACCGCCAUGGUUUUGUUCCAUUCUAGUUUCACAACUGACCCUCACAAGUCUGCCAAGUAUGUGUGGGAAUGCAGCAACAAAUUCCUAGCCCCCAAUGGAGCUGUGAUGAGGACCUCAAUUCUCGGAAUUUGCAACUUUGGAAAUAUUGACACUGUCAUUAAAAACACUCUUGAAAUUUGUAAAGUCACACAUGCUGACCCAAGAUGUCAAGCUUCAACUGUUGCCGUGACAACUGCCAUAGCGAUGAUGCUGCAGGGAAAAUACUUUAAGGAUGCAUCAUAUGAUGUCAGUAAAUUGUCAGAAGAUGCAUUUAAUUAUGCCAAAGUAUGUUUAUCAAAAUUGGAAAAUGGAAAUGAAGACCCAGAUGCUAUUGCUGAAUUGAGACGACACAUGUUUGCCGAUUCUCUAGAUGACCUAAAUUUGGCUGAGGUUGGAAAGAUUGGCUACACAUACAAAUGUCUUGGAGCAGGAUUCUGGGCAUUUAGACAAGACAACUUCAGGGAUGCAAUUGAAGCCAUUACUAUGGAGGCUGGAGAUGCUGAUACAAAUGGUGCUGUAGCUGGUGCUCUGUUAGGUUGCAAACUGGGAGCAGCGGCCCUACCUGCCUCUUGGCGAGAUCAACUGAAACACAAGACAUGGCUGGAUAAACAGAUUAGGAACUUUGUAACUGCUUGUAAAAUUCCUACCAAGAUGGAAUAAUCGAGAGCAUUCAUUAUUAUAAUAUUUUAUUAUAUUUUUUUUUUUAAUGUAUGUUUAGCUUUUUUACAGUGCAUUAAUUUGUAUAUAGAACUUGUAUAAGAUAUAUAUAUAUAGAUUUGCAAUAUUUUAUCUAUAUCUGUUACUGUAGUAUUCAUAUUGUCAUUAACAGUCACUUUUUUUAAGGUUGGUGACAAUACCAUAGGUCUACUCGCAUGCAUUGCUUUUAUAAGCCCCACAGCUGCAAUACCACAAUAUUGCGGUGAGCACGCCGGCAUGGGUUUCUGUCCGAAAGGGUCGAUACGCCAAUGUGCCGGCUUACUUUGAGCCACUUUGCACCCUAGUAAUAUUGCCGC